CCGUAAGCCUUUUCAUCAUCUCUCAUCCCAUUGCUCGCCAUCAUGUUGCAUCUCGCGGGCAUAGUCUGUGUCGUUUCUGCCCUGCUUCCGCCUGCACAAGCGACAGCCACUCAAGAUCUAAUUUUUGACUAUGUAAUCAUCGGUGGAGGGACCGCGGGUACUGUACUGGCAAAUCGCUUGUCUGAGAACAAGUCUGUCUCUGUGGCAUUGAUUGAAGCUGGUGGCUCCGCUCUGGAAAAUCCUUUGGCCAGGACCAUCUAUGGGGACUGCCCGGCUUGCAACACUGACUUGGACUGGCAAUACACGACUGUUCCGCAGCAGCACCUCAAUGGCAGUGUCAAGCCUUAUCAUGCGGGCAAAUGUCUCGGUGGGACGAGCAAUCUCAAUGGAUGGACAUAUCUUCGCCCUGCAAUGCAAGAAUACCAGACAUGGGAAGCUGUGGGUAAUUCUGGUUGGACAUGGCGAUCAAUCCUCCACUACUUUCGAAAAAGCGAGAACCUACAGAUCCCACCUGAAAGUCAACAAGCACAGGGUGCAACAUACAAUGCUGGGUACCACGGCUUUGACGGACCUUUGGAUAUCGCAUGGCCCCCGCUUCUCAACGUUGGUGCCUUUGGCAAAGCUCUUAACCAAACAUGGCAGUCGUUGGGUUUUGAAUGGAAUCAAGAUCCUAAUACCGGAACGCUCCCUGGACUGUUCUUGAAGCCCUCCGAGUAUAACCUCGAUCAAGGAGCUAUUCGCGAGGAUGGCAACAGAGCAUAUCUGGCACCCAUCGCCAAUAGGACGAACUUGAAAGUCUUCACUUAUACAACAGCUUUGAAGCUCGAGUUGAAGCAGGACUCAUCCUCGAAAUCCAUGAUUGCAACUGGAGUAGACGUUGUCACCGCCUAUGGAGAAGAGAAAACUAUCAAUGCAGCUCGCGAGAUCAUUCUUUCCCUAGGCACCGUGAGAACUCCAACUCUACUCGAAGCCUCAGGCAUAGGCAACUCGAAAAUCUUAGCCAAUGCUUCAAUCCCCGUCAAAGUCGACCUCCCCGGCGUCGGUCUCCAUAUGCAAGACCAGAUCAAUUACAACAUAGCCUUUAACACCAGCAUCACCAACAACUUCACCUACGACCUCACCAACAUCCCCACCUACGCUUUCGUCACAGCCCACGACCUCUUCGGCGCCAAUACUUCUUCCAUCCUUACAUCUCUCCGCCACUCCAUCCCUUCCUACGCCGCCGAAAUCGCAGCAAGAAGCAAUGGCGCAACCACUCCCUCCGCAGAACGCGCACGCUUAUACGCCAGAGUAGACUUACUCUCCAACCCCUUCGUCCCCAUCGGAGAAUUAAUCCUCCAACCCACUUUCGCAGCAUUCUGGCAAACUCUCCCCUUGUCAUCCGGAGAAGUACACAUCAACGCUACCAACCCUGCUAAACCACUCAUAAAUCCCAAUUGGUUCCAAUUCGACUUUGAUUUCCAAGUACAAGUCGCACUGGUGAAAUUCGCCAGAAAACUGUACGCCACACCUCCGCUGUCUUCUUUUUUGGAUCCUGUAGAGACGAAUCCUGGGUUUGAUGUGUUGCCGGAAAAUGCAACAGAGCGGCAAUAUCGGGGGUUUUUCAACACUUCUGGAGCGGCGGUUUGGCAUGGUGUAGGCACUGCUGGUAUGAUGGAUAGGAAAUUGGGUGGUGUGGUUGAUAAAGAGAUGAUUGUAUACGGAGUGAGUAAUUUGAGAGUUGUGGAUGCGAGUGCGAUUCCAUUCGAGGUUAAUGGACAUCCGACCAGUAUUGUCUAUGCAAUGGCAGAGAAGGCGGCGGAUUUGAUCAAGGGGAAGUGGAAGGGCGUCUAGGUCCGAUGUGGAAAGGCAGGGAUAAAUGCAAAGAUUGUCUACCAUUGUUUUGAGGUGACGGAAUAACAUUGAAGCUAUUGGGCAACCACUAAUUAUAGCAGCUGCUUAUCUAGUCUCCGU